CUAAUGUUUAUGUGAUGCUUUAAAGUUGAAGUUCGUGAUUAUAAAAUAUUUUCGAAUCGCCCAAAGGUUGAUUGCUCGUUUUAUAAUUCAUGAACAUUAUUGUGGUAAAUUGAUGUGCUUGGUUAGAUAUAUUUAGUAUAUCCAAAGAUUGCAAGUAUAUCUAAUUUGAGUGUGUCUAUCACCAAUUAUCUGAUUAUUGUAGGGGAUUUUUGGCCUUGAUAGGGGAUUUUCCCCUGUCUCCAGACGUUGCGUUUUCAAAAAUCCCUUAUCGUGAACCAAAAAUCUCCGGUCGUGAACCAAAAUCCCCGGUCGUGACCCAAAAGUCCCCGGUCGUGAACCAAAAAAUCCCCUGUCGUGACCUAAAAUACCCUACCGGGUAUUUUGACCGGUGAUCGCGAACGCAGGCUGUUAAAAGCCUGUUUUGUGCGUUUUUGCAAAGGGAGAGCUGGGUUUUGGAUCCCAAACACCCAAGGGACGAACCAAAGAGAGAGAGGGCGAUUUGAGGGCAUUCUUGGAGUGGAAUUGGAGGAUUUCUUUGCCUUGGAAGCUCGAGGAACAAGCCCGGACUUGAAGACUGAUCAUCUGAAGAUUCUUACUGCAGUCUCUCUCUUCUCUAUGGAGUAACUUCCCUUCACUUAGGUUUUGAGGAACCCUAGCUAUGUUUGUUUGAUUGGAUGAUUGUAUGAGUACUCUGACUUCAUAAUCUUGAGUUCAUAUUCAAUCUAUGCAUGUUUUCAUGAUUCAAUUCUGCUUUAGUCGAGAUUAUUGAUUCUGCUUUGAUCCUAUGAGAGGGAAUACCUGAUUAGGUCAAUAGAGCACCAUAGAUUGAUAGUAGUGGAUCGAUUGCUUUAGUCGAGGGUUGAUUCACUGCUUUGUAUCGAUUGAGAACCUCUUUCGAUAGAGGGAGUCUAGUUCAGAACGCCUUGAUCAGUUGUUCUAGAGAAGGAUACGUCCCUCUAGGCAAUUGACUCAAGAGGGCCUUGUUCCUUUAGUCGAGACUCAAGGUCUAGUCAAGGAUUCUCCGCAUUAUGAAUGAAAGUGAAACAAGUUAGAAAUCAUCAAUUGUUAGUCUGGCUAGUGGCUAGGGGGAAUCAUACCUAAGUGAGUUCCCAACCUGUAAUUAGAUUAACUUUAACUGUAGUUUGCUAGAGUAGUUUUAGUUCUUUCAUCUUGAUCUGGUUUGCUAAAUAAUAAACUGAAGCUGAGUAAUAGUAACUCUAGAGACCCGUGGAUUCGAUAUUUAUCACUUGAGCCACUAUACUGCAGUCCCUUCCAUUGGUUACAUUUGGCCAUUGUUAGGUGUUGUGUCAUAGCGAGUCAAGUUUUUGGCGCCGUUGCCGGGGACUUUCUAGAGUAUUAGGAAAGGCAGAAGUUUGUUACUUUAGCGUUUUUCUUUUCUUUUCCACCCUUGCUUUUCACUUGGGUGUUUUUUGUUUUUGUUGGUGCAGAUCUGAAUCAUGGAUCCUCAUGGCUUCUCCAACAAUUGGGGGUAUCCACCACCACCCGAGUGGUAUUACCCCGAGACUCCCUGGAGCAAUCAAGGAGGAGAAGACUAUGGAUUCGGGUUCCAGUACCAACCCCCUUACUACGGAGAACAACCGGACCCCUGGGCAUAUCAAGAACAACCUCAUUACCAAGAAGAAUUUUUCCCACAACCAGAGGGGCUAUUGGAGCUGGAAUUACCCAUGGCGGCCUUCACGGGCCAUUCUGCAGAGCCAUGCUACACUCCACAGCCAGAUCCACACUAUGAAUUGAGGCUUCUCAUGGAGAGAUCAUGCUCCAGGAUGGAUCAUUGUGUUCAGGCCUUUCGUGAAACAGAGGAGAUCCUCCUGAGCCUUAAGAAGAGUGUCGAUGAUCUUGAGCGAUCUUUGGCACAACCUGCUCCAGAUCACCCUUCUGCUACCAUACAAGAAGAGGAGGAGGAAGAAGAAGGCUACGAGGACAUUGUGGAGCACACUGAAGUUGUCACGGAGAGCUCCCGUGAUGAUCAUGAUCCGGAGUGUCCUGUCGUAGCCGACCACACCUUCCCACACCCCAAACUGAGCUUUGAAGAGGCGGGCAUGAGUGAGGAGAUGCAAGAAGAUCUCAUGAAAGAAAUUUCUUGGCAACUUGCUCUCCAAUCCGUGCUAGAAGAAGAAGAGCAAGAAAGGGUGCAGAAAGAAGUUGUGGAGGAUGACGAAAGUGAAGCAAGAGGAGUUCUUGAUCAUUUCCCAGGGGUGAUACCACAUGAAGAAGGAAGGGAGGUUGAAGAAGAAAUUAGUAUCCAGGCUGAGGACGAAGUUGAGGUGGAAGAGGCUUGCACCGGCCAUGAGUUACAUUUGAUAUCUCCACCAAACUUCGAGGAACUACUUAGCAAGGAUCCAUUUGCAGUGUCUCUUUGCCAUACCAAUGUCACGUCGACAUCGGUCCCUCUUGGUGGACACGAUGGUGGUCAAUCGGUGCUGUCAUAUCUGGUUUGGGGCAAUGAGACGAGAGAAGAGAAGAAGAGGUCUCGAGGGUGGAGACUUCAUCUGCAUCAAGUGCACGAGUUUCCAUCUACUGUCAUACCACAUGCUCGUGACUUGAGAUUCCAUCUCAUCGACGAGAAACUCAACUUCAAAGAGGUUUUGGGGUGGACCGAAACUUAGGAGCCAUCGUCCGGCUCACGACGUGAAAGAAGCGCUUGUUGGGAGGCAACCCAACCAGUCGGUUUGCAUUUCUUUCUCUUUUUCUCCUCGGUUGAGUCAGUUUUGUUAUUUGAUUUUAGAGUCAAUAAUUCAACCUUUGUGAGAUUUUGUGUGGUGUUUGUGGUCUGACCAUUCUCUCCUCCUGAAAUACGCCGCCUGCCCCGUCCACCAUCAUUCACCCUGGAUCUGGUAACUUCGUUCUACCCUCCUUAUCUUUCCUCCAUUGAGGACAAUGUCGUGCUUAAGUGUGGGGGGAUGUUCGAUCAUGUAUCCGUGUGAAUGUUUGACUGUUUGUGUGCUUGGAGCCUAGUCCACUAUCCAAAUUUCGAUUUGAGGGCUCCAAGUACGUGUUCCUUGCAAUUGCCUGCUCAGUAUGCUUUGAAUUGACAGUCUUUAUAGUAAUAUGCAACCUAGGGAGGUAAUGUAGCACUAUGGAGGAUGUUGAUGCAUUUAAGAAGUCUCAUUUCUUCUUCAUAUUGUGUUGGUUGAUUGAGUGAAUUAGUGAUCUUAGGACCCUUGAAUUGUGUGGUGUUGUGGACUCUCUACCUGUCAUGGACUCUUGUAUCAUGUUUUGAAAUAAAAGGUGCUCGAUAAUGUGCUUUAAAAUAACGUCUCCAGUGCGAAUAGGGCGAAAGUGUGUAAGGGGAGACGGGAAUUCAUUCCCAAUUUCCACCUACUACCUCCAGCCCUCUUACAUUCCUUUUCCCCCGCACGAGGCUCGAGACAUUCGCUCCCGGCAUGGCCGGUAAGAGCCGGGUUCCCGCAAAACCUUUGCUAGGUGGGAGCCCGUUUUCUGAAAAUCAGGUUGGAACCCUUGAAAAAGAAAGAAAAAAAAAAGAGAACAAAAGAAAAGGAAAAAAAGGGGUUCCAACCGUCUUCAAAAAGAAAAUAAGAGCACCUUGAAAAAUGUGAGUCCAUGAUCUUUUGUUUUUGAGAGUCUCUUCGUCCACGAUUCAUUUGUCCUCUGAUCACUAUUUGCCAUGAUGCCGACUCGAGACUAGCGUUCUCGCCGAAGAAGCUAUGAGAUGACUUGUGCGUCGGUUGACCUCGUAAGCUGCUAAAUGAUCUAGAAAAUCCUCUAUCAAGGAUCGAGGGUGCAUGUUGCUAUAGAGGUCUGAAGAGCUUCAUUAGUUUGAGUUAGGUUUGCUUGGGGACGAGCAAACGGUUAAGUGUGGGGGGAUUUGAUGACUCGAUAUUUGCACAUGUUUUCCCCUUUGUUUCUUGAUCAUUUAAGCUUUCAUUAUUGCUUCUUUGGCCUAUUUUACGCUAGGUUGUGUUCCUUUGUCACAUUUCAGGUCCUAGCACAUAAAGUGAAGCGUAGGCGCAAGUUUCAAGUCAAUCGGAGAUCAAUUGGCGACUCGGGGGAAGAAACUCGGGUAUGACUUGAAGAAGAAGGGAUUUCUACCUCAUUUUGUGACCAUAUAAUCAUGUAAUCUUGUCAUGAGAAGAAAGAGGACGAGAAUACAAGCAUCUGGGAUCA